AUGAGUGAGUCUAAAGCGACUGAGGAGCUGAGCGCUCAGAGUGGCCGACAUCGCCGCAGGUUUGAUCAGAACCCAGACGGCUCACUCGAGGCGCAGCUUUUCGGUUUCGUGUUGGUCUCCCAUGAGCCAUCCAUAUUCCGCGUCGAGUCCGGAUCCGCGCUGAUCCAGGUGCACUACCUCCGCCAUCGUGGAGAUGCGGGGGGCCUCAAGGCGGCGCGCCAGGAGCUGCUGCGGCUGCACGACGCCGGGCACCGCCUGCAGCAGGCCUAUGAAGACCUGCACCGGCAAUUCCGCGAGGUCGCUGCAGAUGCGGUGUACUGGCAGUCUUUGGCAGAAGCUUCGCGAGUGCCGGAGUCUCCAGCCAUGCCGAAGUCGGCCAUCGUGCCCGCUCCGACACCGGUGGAGGAGACGAGCCCCAGCAACGCCCGCGAGGCCCUGCGCCGCGCCGCGGUGGAGGCGGCCAAGGCGCUCCAGCAAAAGAGCAAGCUGAAGGAGGCUGCAGGCCAGGGCAAGGAGAAUGUGUCGAUGCAGUUCUCCAGCCCUAGCAAAGACAAAGGCCGAGACCUGGAGACCUUGACGAGGCCGGACUCCCAGGACUCGAUGGACGGCUCCUCUUCCCUGUUUACAGGUUCCGGGGAGCACGAGGCUUGGUCCAUCCCUGGCACCCAUGCUUCUGCGGGAGCGCCAGUACAGGCCUCGCCGAAGCCGCUGCGAGCCCACCGCAAAGUUUUGUUUCAAGACACCGUAGAGACUAUUGAGAUAGAGGGCGGCACGCAGAAUGGGCGGACAGUGCGCAGAUUCAACGAAGUGUCUUUGCUGAGCUCCGAGAUCGCUUCUGCACACUUUGUGUCGGAGCUGAAGCAGGGGCGAGCGACACAGCUGGCACUGCUGACGGACACAGACGCCGUCGAUGAUCUUGCUCGUUGGGACACGCGCGCAGCGUCUGACGACGCCUUACAGCGAGAAGUGAACACCUUGGUUCAGGCCGCUCAUUCACGCGGCACCGCGCUCGCCGCUUUGCCGCUGCAAGCAGCGCGACCUGUGGCCCUUAUUCAGCUGCUGCUGCUGCUGCUGCUGCUGCUGCAGCACAUGCUGAGCAUCAUUGUGGGGCAGUACGACCAGUGCGUCUCCGCUCGCUUCUUACUGGACCACUUCAUGGACGAAUAUCUGUUGCUGCUGGCCGAUUUCUUAGAGGGCGGCGGCAGCCGUCUGCUUCAGAAGGAGGCUGAGUUGGCCCGACGCGCGCUGCGUAUGUCCUUCGUGUCCCUGCUUCCAGAGCUGCCAGAGCCGCGCCAUGUCACGAUGCACGAUUCGUUCGAGCCGAGGACGCUCUGA